AUGCUCGGUAAUAUAUCGCGUGUCCACUGCUUCCCAUUUGCUCAUCGUUCAUCAGCAACGUUGUUUCGACUGACUGAGUCGAGGGUUUUCUACCAUUUACCAAGUUUGCAGACCCCUGGGCCUCACGCGCCGUUCAGGGCAUUACGUGGACAAACACACGAUGUGUCUCCAGGUACAUGGUUAACUUGCGGAUGCCACCGUUGCGUCAAAUGGAAACGAAGUAGUUCUUUUUUGCAAUGCCGCGGUCGAAUCGAUACUCACAAGGUCAUCAUUGCAACGGUCAAUGUGGUAUCAGCACAAAAUGUUCACAAACAACAUGUCUGUAUGGGAAUAGGAUGGUGUGCGGUAGUGGUAAGCAUGCCAUGCUUGGGGAAGUGUACCCAUUCGAAUUCUGCACCGAACUUGCUGGUAUUCACGUUGUUUCGUCUGUGUGUUCUAGCUUACUGUUCAAACGCCUAUUGCUGCUCACUGAUGAGUUGGUUGCAAAUAUGGCAUUGGGUGCAGAUAACUUGGCUACCGUUUUGGGGCAACGAAAUACUGACAACCCUAUCCAGAGCUUUAAGCCGGAUCUUGCCAAUGCGAAUGUGUCAGGCUCAAUUCAAUGUGUUCAAAACUGCAAUUGUGCAGAAAGUGCAGAAUCCAUCUGCUCUGGCCAGGAAACACAGAAGCCAUCCUCAAGCCUUUUACGUACUCAUUGACGCCCGGAGUACACCUGUUGAUGAGCUCUUUCCAACAACAUGGAUCGCACAGGGUAUGCUUUCCGAGACAGAUCGGAUUGCUCAGUGUUAUCAAGAGAUGCAAGUGACAUGGGGGAGUACAAUUAGCUACGCGACUUUACGACUACGUAGCAUUCUCAUCUUGUCUGCUUGGAUUGAGGUCCAUCGUAAGAGCUGUGGGCAGCUGACAAGUCUGAAAGGAGCGCACAAUUCUUGUCAUAUGUCCUUCGCAUACAUUAGAAUCAGGAGAAAAGGGUAUUUGUACUGA